AGUCAUCUGGCCACAUGACCCGGAAGCUGUCUGCGGACAAACGCCGGCUCCCUCGGCCACCCUUACAUAAAAUAACAUGCCCAUAUAUAAAUAUAAGUAUAUAGUUGAUAGGUCAUUUUAGGAUUGAUCAAGGGGAAAUCUAGAAGGUUCAAGAUUAUGGGGGCACCUUUCAUUCUACCUGGAAAGCUUCCCUGUUUGAAAAGAUAAGAAGCUUGGGAUUCUCUGCGCAGAUCUUGAUAGCGGCAGGAUAUGAGAGAGCCAGAAGUCAAGUGCUCCAACGCAUUAGGGACAUAGAGCUGCAAUGUCAUAUGGGCAAAAUGGAUAAACAUGCCACAAUUAGAGACUUUGGGAGAGGGUUCUCACCCGCAAAUUAUCUGGCUGAUUUACAAAUACCUAAGUACAGACACUCCUUUACCCUGGCCAGAUUUAACGUUUUGCCCUCUGCUCUGCUGCUAGGCAGAUAUGAGGGCAAACCAUAUGAGUCACGUGUUUGCCCAUGUGGCUCAUCGGAAGUGGAAACAAGUCUGCAUGUAUUGCUGCACUGUAGUUACUACGAGGAUCUACGCCUGACCUUUAUUGCCCCAGUUCUACAAAAGCUUAAAAAUGAACCAGAACUCCAACGUAUGAGAGCCUUGGUAGAUGAUAAGGUCCCUGAAAUUACGAUCAAUGUUGCCAAAUUCUGUGUAGCCGCUAUUAGGCGCAGGAAACAAGAGCUUUCCAAUGUCAACAUGCAGGCGAAGGCAAAUACUUAAUUUUAUUUAUGCUGUCUAAUUUUAAAUUGCUGUUAUGGCCUAAUCUGUAUUGAAAUUGUCCUUUGUUUUUUCCGGUGUUAUGUUUCGCUGACUAGCUUUACGAGUUAAUCUGGUCUGUGACCGUUUAAUAAAAUUUGAUUUGAUGGGGGCAUGGAAUCAUGAGUCCAACAGCAUCUCGUAGCUAAAAGCAGACAGGAACUUACAAGAGAAGCAAAGCAAGGCACACCAAGCAUGCUCUGACAAUAGGUCUAAAUAGAAAGCUGAUGAAUGCAAGGGUUUGGGUAAGGGCAGCAUGUGACAAAUGUCUAAACGAGGAACCAAAUUUGCUGAUCGAGCUGGAACAACAAGAUGAGGAACUAGGUGAGAGAUUAUCACCAAGGCAAGGAGCAGGCAAAACUCUGGAGAGCUAUUCAGAAAGAGGCACCCCAAAUUGGAUGGAGAUAGAGAAAAGUGAUGAAAAAUGCUAUGGUCCAAUAGAUGCAAGCAACAGAGAGAUGGGUAAAAUCUGGAAUGGCGGGACUAAAUAACGAAGAGCAGGAAAGAAGCAAGGCACGCGAGAAAUCUUGACUUCAUUAGCAAAGUGCCCAGCCAGAGCUGCUGAUUCAAAACUUUGGACGGACAAUAAAUAGCAAAGCUUCUCAGCCGUUCUGAAAGAUAGUCAGCAACCGUGGCAUCUGCAGAUCUCAUGGAGUACGAGGACAACUUCACGGAAUACUUUGGGGCUUACGAAGAGGACGAGCCCCCCGUGUCCCACCUCACUCACGCACAGGUGGCGUCGCUUGUGUUCCACGGCGUGGCUUUUCUCCUAGGAGUGCCUGGCAAUGCGAUCGUCAUCUGGAUUAUGGGCUUUAAAUGGGACAAGACCGUCACUUCCCUCUGGUUCCUCAACCUGGCUAUUGCGGACUUCAUCUUCGUCCUUUUCCUCCCUCUCUACAUCACCUACGUGGCCACGGGCUUCCACUGGCCCUUUGGGAAGUGGCUGUGCAAAGCCAACUCCUUCAUUGCUCUCUUCAACAUGUUUGCCAGCGUCUUCUUCCUGACAGCCAUCAGCCUGGACCGUUACGUCCAUCUGAUCCACCCUGUCUUCUCCUACCGGCAUCGGACUCUCAAGAACACCUUCUUGAUUAUUGCUUUCAUCUGGGUUUUGGCCACGCUCAUUGGAAGCCCGGCGCUGUACUUUAGAGAUACCCUUACACUACACAACAAUGUCACCAUUUGCUACAACAACUUCCAUCCCACGGACGUCGAUCUUAUUAUCCUCAGACACCAUGUUCUGACCUGGGUAAGGUUCAUUUGCGGCUACCUCUUUCCUCUGCUGACCAUGAUUGUUUGCUACUCUCUUCUGAUAUGCCAGGUGAAGAAAACUGCCACGCUGACCUCCAGCAGGCUCUUCUGGACUGUUCUGGCUGUGGUGGUGGUAUUUUUCGUUUGCUGGACCCCAUACCAAAUAUUCAGCAUCUUUGAGCUCUCUGCUCACCACGAUAACUACUGGCACGACUUGCUCCGUGACGCCAUUCCUCUUUCCGUCAGCUUUGCUUUCAUCAACAGCUGCCUUAACCCCAUUCUUUACGUCCUCCUCAGCAAGAAACUCCAGUCCUGUUUCAGUGUGACGUUUUCAGAACUGGUGAAGCACACCCUCUGGGAAGUCAGCCGGUCUGGGACAGUCAGCGAACAAGUCUGGAAUUCUUUGAGUCUACAGCAGGGCGAAGCCUCUGAGCUGGAGACUUCUCUGGGUGAAAUCUCUCCCUGACGGGCACUCACUCUGCAAUAUGCCCCCCUUAUUAAGAUCUAGACAUCAGAGGUGUUUGUAACCCAACCGUCACUACACAAGAGUAGCCAAGGUGGCGCUCUCCAGGUGGAACUCCUUUUGCUUUGACCCCAUUCAGCUGCCAUGAGCUGCAUAUUUUUUCUGGUAAAACUUCUUUAGUAAAAGGACACAUGUUUAGUAGCCACUGCGAUGUCAUCCCCAUGUUGCGUACAGGCACUCUCCUCAUCCUUGACCAUUGGCCACAAAUGAUAGAAGUUGGAAGUCUGAAUGAGGUCAAAACAACAGAAGUUCAUAAGCAACUUCAAUUGUGUGUAGGGUUGCCAAACUUUUAGGCAUCCCAAACUCACAUGCUUCUGAGGAGCCAUCAUUAAAAUGUUGUGAUCUUUAUCCCCAUGCCAUUUAAAGCUUAUCUGCCAAUUUCUGCACAUCAAGCGACUGUUAAAAGACACAAUAGAAGGCCUGAUAAUCUCCCCCACCGCCCAAUUCAAGCUACUGAGGGAGGAAAGAUGUUUGCGCAGGGACUUAGGAUCAUGGAAGACAGUGUGUGUCAUGGAGGGUUCUUAUUUUAUAGUUCUUCAGUAUUAAAACAUUGUCCUUCAAGCACUCUAAACAAAGACAUUGAUUCCCCCUUGAAGUAACCGCAUAGGGAAAUGUCACACGAAACAACACGCAAAUGCACUUUUUGAUGUGCUUUUAAAAGCAUAGUACCUUUGCAAUCUUUUAAAGUAGUCAAGUAUACUUUAUUAUAUAUAUUCUUGGCACAGAGCCUUGCUGAACAAAACUGACAAUUUCUCUUCCCCUUUGCUUACGGUUUUUUUGCUUAGUUUCUGCUGAAGAUGUCUAAGAUUAUAUAUAUUAAAUGCAAGGAUUGCACUGCUUCCAAUGAGCCAGGUUAAUCUGUAAGCCUGCUAGCGAGCUUUAUCGACAUUUUCAGUAAACCUGGCUCCUUCAUCCUAUAGGUCAUAUCCAACAAUACUCCUCAGGGUCAACACAUUGGAAUUAAGAGGCAGAACUAAUUAAACCCAUUAAUUUCAGUAGGUCUACUCCGAGUAGGACCAUUCCCAGGUAUAGAAUUUAGCAGAGCAGGACAUUUGCACGUGAGGUUUCUGGUCCACUGAAACGAUUUGCACAGAGACACAUUGAUCUGGGUAUUUUGCACUUCCAGAGGGUUUAGGGAAACAGUUUUGUUCUACAAAAGAAGCAAAGCAAUACAUUCACUAAGAAUGGCUUUCAGAGUUCAAGCUGCUUUACCAGUGCUGAUUUCACUUAAUCUCAGUCAGAUACUGACCUAGCUGCAUAAUAUUUAGUGGUAGCACCACUGUGUUCCUUUCAAAUUAUCUUAUACUGCCUGUUCUGACCUUAAAUAUGGUAGUUUCUUCAGCACUGCCACCCCAGUCAAUUGAUCCCUCCUUGCCUUUGCCUUAUUACUGCACAGGUCUUUUUUCACACACCUUUUUCUCGGGUUUUUGUUUUGCUUCGUGUGCCCCAUCCUGUCGUCCUCUGAGCUCCCUGUCCCUUGCCUUGUCUCCUGAAAGGUCUUCCCUGUCUUUCGCAUCACCGGAAAGCUACCCUUGCAAUGUUUUCAUCUACGAAACCCCUCUAGAUUAAUGUUUCACCUCGAAAUCCCAACUUCCCCUCCUCUCGCAAACUCUGGAUGGAAAACAUGCUGACAGCUUUCUCCCCUGAGCAGGGAGGGGCGUUUGUGGAUAUCAUAGCAGCUCGGAAACGUGUGAGGGGCUUUGCCACUGCAGUAGCGAUCCAUGAAAGGAGGACAGAAUGUACAAUUCCAGUGGGACUUGUCUGUAAAAAGCACGCUUGGAUCCUGUUUAUAGAAAACAAUUUACAUGUAAUUGACUGUGCAUUACAUUUCUUUGCGACGUAUGGUAGAAAUUAUUUACAUUGAUGUAGGCUGCAAAUGUGUUGCAGCCAUAUUUUUAAAAAUCAUAAUAUUGCCAAAGCAAGGAAACAGCAUUUGAAAUAAUAAAUACUUCAGAUUAA